ACAUUACCCUGGCAGUGGGGACUCCCCGGGGAAUUCUCUCUGAAUGCAGCAGCCUGAGCAGGACACCCACUUCAGAAACACCCGCAGCAUCUUCCUCUGAUGGCUUUUCUUUCCAGAUCGCAAAUUUCCUGGAGGGACCUGAGCCCGUGCUGGCAAUGGCCUCUCAAACUGUGGUUACGGUCCAGCCCAUGUUUUCAGCUGCCCAGCAGCCGGGGGAGUGGCAGACAGGGCUGCUGGACUGCUGCUCCGACUGUGGCGUGUGUCUCUGUGGGACGUUCUGCUUCACCUGCCUGACAUGCCAAGUGGCUGGGGACAUGAAUGAGUGCUCCCUGUGUGGCUCUAGCGUGGCCAUGAGGACCCUGUACCGCACCAGAUACAACAUCCCGGGCUCCAUCCUGCAAGACUGUUGCUCUAUCUGGUGGUGUGGCCCGUGUGCACUCUGCCAGCUGAAGAGAGACAUCAACCGGAGGAGGGCAAUGGGCAUAUUUUGAUGCUGCCAUCUUCAGUACGCCCUGUGAAGCCACUGCAGACAGGAGCUGCUGUGCCCUGGAUGUUGGGAUCUGCACCAUCAGGAGUUUGCCUUCACUGUGCUCCAUCCCCUUUUCCCGGGGUAAAGCCAGCAAUAAAAGCACUGCCUGUCUUCCUGCCUGUGUGCUGUUA